AUGUGCGCCGUGGAGGGAGGGUGUGCGCCGCUGGCGCUGGGACGGGAGGAGUUCCUGCGGCUGAACGUGUGGCUGGUGCGGCUGCUGGGGCUCUGGUGGGAGGGGCGGCCGCCGUGGGCGCGCGCGGCGCUGCUGCUGCUCUGCCUGGCCGCGCUCGUCUCGCUGCAGGCCGCCGAGAUGGCCAGCAUCGGCCUGGGGGACAUCGGCGCACUCACCGAGGUCGGCACCCUCACGCUCGCCUCCGUCAACGUCGGCUUCCAGGUGGCGUACCUGAUGCGCAGCCAGCGGCGUGUGGCGCGCCUGGUUCAGCAGACGCGCGAAGCGUGCGCGCGCCUGGGGGACGGACGCGCCGCGGCGGCCGAGCUGCGCCUGCGCCAACUGACGCUGGGCUGCGUCGCGUGCUGCAGCGGCGUCGGCUGCGUGUGGGCGGCGGGCCCGCUGCUCGCCGACGGCGACGCCCUGCCCUACCGCCUCUGGUCGCCCCUGGACGUCACCGCCGCGCCCGGUUACCACAUCACCUACCUCCUCUCGGUGACUAUCCUGGCACCGCUGGUGGAGGCCUUCGUCAACCUGAACGCGUUGUACCUGGGCCUGAUGGUGCUGACGAGUGCGCGCUUCUCCAGCCUCAAUUCGCGAUUCGCUGCCAUCUCUAAAGAGAAGGACGGUAGUGGCCGUCUUGCCACCGCAGAGCUGGCGCGCUGUGUGGCGCUGCACGUAGACCUGCUACGGUUCUGCAACGAACUGUCUGAUGUUCUGAGUCCAGUGCUUCUCUCGCAGUUCGGCUUCACCAUCGUCAUCAUCUGCCAAACUGCGCUGCAAACAACCAUGGAGCUGGAACUGAGCCCAAGGACAAUGAAGUUCAUGGGACUUCUAUGGCUGGGAAUUUCGGAGCUUUUCUUGUACUCCUACAUGGGGCACAAAAUAAUGUCACAGGCGAGCGACGUGCAGCUGUCGGCGUACAGCUGUGGUUGGCCGGACUUGGACAGCAGCUUCAAGAAGAGCGUCAGCUUCAUCAUCCAGCGCGCCCAGAAGCCUCUGCACUUCUCCAUUGGCAAGAUGUACGUCCUGUCGCUGCGGACAUUUGUGGAGAUGAUGCGGGUAUCAUAUGCCUUCUUCACACUGCUGCAGCAAGUCAAUGGUGAUUAA